UGUCAUUCGUUUUUGGCAGGUUUGUCAAUAUGUCCCUCUCCGAAAUUUGCCUGAGCUAAAGUGAAAACCGGCAACUUUAGGAGCUUAGAAAGCGAACUCCAUGGCUCAGAUUCUUCAGAAGCUCGAGGAGCUCGGAUCCAAGCUCGACUCUCUUCCCAGCACUAAAGAGUAUCUCGUCAAGCUCUUGAAGCAAGGUUCAACAUGCCUCUCUGACUUGGAUCAGUCACCCCCUAAAGCUGUUUUGGAAGCCAUGGAGCCUUUUCAAAAUGCUAUUGUACAAUCUGAACUUCUAAAACAUCAAGAUAGGGAGAUUAAGCUUCUUGUCUCUACCUGUAUUUGUGAAAUAAUGAGAAUUACAGCACCUGAAGCUCCUUACAGUGAUGAUGUUCUGAAGGAUAUCUUUUAUUUGAUCGUGAGCUCUUUCACCGGACUACAUGAUACAAAUAGUCCUUAUUUCGGUAGGAAAGUUGUAAUUUUAGAGACCCUGGCAAGAUACAGAUCAUGCGUCGUCAUGCUGGAUCUUGAAUGUGAUGAUCUUGUGAAUGAAAUGUUUAGUACUUUUUUCAGAGAAGCCAGGGAGGAGCACCCUGAAAACGUUUUAAAAUCAAUGAAAAAAAUCAUGACCGUACUCUUAGAAGAGAGUGAGGAUAUACGGCAGGAUCUUUUAGCUACUAUUUUAUCUGCUCUUGGACGUAACAAACAGAGUGUAAAAAAGGCUGGGAGGAAGCUUGCCGUGGAUUUGAUAGAACAAUGUGCAGGAAAACUUGAACCUGGCAUCAAGCAGUUUCUUAUAUCUUCAAUGUCUGGAGAAAGUAGACAACACGAUUUUCAAGUAGACUACCAUGAUAUCAUUUACAAUGUUUACUUCUGUGCCCCUCAAAUUCUAUCUGGAGUUGUCCCCUAUCUGACAGGGGAGCUUCUGACUGAUCAGCUGGAUAUGCGACUAAAAGUGGUUAGCUUACUUGGGGAUCUCUUUGCUAUGCCCAAAUGUGUAAUCAAUGAGGCUUUUCAAUCACUAUUUAUGGAAUUCAUAAAGAGGUUGACUGAUAGAACAGUUGAAGUUCGGAUGCGUGUCCUUGAAAAGGUUAAAGCUUGCUUGCUCUGUGAUCCAUUUAGAGCUGAAGCUCCUCAGAUUAUUUCUGCCUUAUGUGAGAGACUGCUAGAUUAUGAUGAAAAUGUUCGGAAGCAAGUAGUUGCUGUUCUCUGUGAUGUAGCAUGUUGUGCCUUAUCCUCCAUAGAUUCUGAAAGAAUCAAGCUUGUUGCUGAGAGACUUAGAGACAAAUCUUUCCUUGUGAAAAGAUAUACAAUGGAGAGGCUAGCUGAGGUAUACAGAAAUUAUUGUUUGAGCUUUUCCAAUGGCUUGCAUAAAAGCUUCGAAUAUGAUUGGAUCCCUGGGAAGAUCUUGAGGUGUUAUUAUGACAAGGACUUCAGAUCAGAUGCUGUUGAGCCUGUUCUAUGCCGUUCCUUGUUCCCCAGUGAAUUUUCUGUUAGAGACGCAGUUAAAAGUUGGGUUAGGGUCUUCUCAGGUUUUGACAAAAUUGAGGUCAAGUCUCUUGAAAAGAUGAUGGAACAAAAGCAAAGGUUACAACAAGAGAUGAGGAAGUAUCUUUCUUUAAGGCAGAUGACACAGGAUGGUGAUCCAGCUGAGCUCCAAAAGAAAGUUAUGUUAUGCUUCCGUGUUAUGUCUCAUUGUUUUACUGACACUGCAAAAGCAGAGGAAAACUUUCAUAUUCUUGAUCAGUUAAAAGAUGCCAACGUGUGGAAGAUUUUAGAACUUCUCCUUGAUCCUAACACCAUUUCUCUUCAUGCUUGUAAAUCACGGGAGGAGUUGCUUAAUAUCCUUGGUGAGAAGCAUCCGCUGUAUGACUUUCUGAGCAUUCUAUCCUUAAAAUGCUCGUACAUAAUGUUCAGCAAGGAGCAUGUGAGGGAAAUCCUUCUUGAGGUUGACAUCCAAAAGUCAGAUGGAAGUAACCAUAUGAUUCUAUCAUGCAUGACUCUACUUGUGAUUCUUGCACGUUUCUGUCCUCUCCUUCUUAAUGGCCUUGAGGAAGCCCUGAUACAUCUUCUCGAAGAUGACAAUGAGAUCAUUAAAGAAGGAGUUUUGCAUAUUUUGGCAAAAGCUGGUGGAUCUAUUCGCGAACAGUUAGGAGUUUCAUCAAGAUCAUUAGACCUUUUGCUUGAGAGGAUAUGUGUUGAGGGUAGUCGCAGGCAGGCGAAAUAUGCUGUACAUGCAUUGGCAUCAAUAACAGCGGACGAUGGUCUUAAGUCACUCUCUGUUUUAUACAAGCGGCUUGUUGAUAUGCUUGAGGAGAAGUCACAUUUGGAUGCUGUUCUGCAGUCUCUCGGAUGUAUAGCCCAAACGGCUAUGCCAGUCUUUGAGACAAGGGAAAGCGAGAUUGAACAGUUCAUAAAGAAAAAUAUGUUACAGUGCAAUCAAGCAUCAAUGGAUAAUGCGGAAGACUCUUGGGAAGAAAGGAGCGAGAUUUGCUUAUUGAAGAUUUAUGGCAUCAAAACAUUGGUAAAAAGCUAUUUGCCAGUAAAAGAUGCCCAUCUUCGUUCGGGGAUUGAUGACUUGAUAUUGAUUCUAAAAAACAUUCUCUGCUUUGGGGAAAUCUCGAAAGAAAUUCAAUCAAGCUCAGUGGAUAAGGCCCACUUAAAACUCGCUGCUGCAAAAGCUAUUCUUCGCAUUUCGAAACACUGGGAGCAUAAGAUUCCUGUAGAUAUCUUUUAUCUAACCCUGAGAACUUCAGAGGCCAACUUCCCUCAAGUAAAAAAGAUAUUUCUGAACAAAGUUCACCAGUACAUAAGGGACCGGCUUUUGGACCCCAAGUACUCAUGUGCCUUCUUUCUUGAGAUGAGGCCAGAGCUAGUGGAUAUUGAAGAGGUUAACAACAACCUAAGUGACAUCAUUCAGAUGUGUCAGCAAGGGAAAGCCCGCCAUCUGUCCUCUCAAUCUGAUGCAAAUGCUCCUAUGUGCUAUCCAGAAUAUAUUCUGCCAUAUUUGGUCCAUGCUCUUGCUCAUCAUCCAUCAUUUCCUAACAUUGAAGAAUGCAAAGAUGUUGAAGCAUUUAGAUCUUUUUAUAGGCAGUUGCAUCUAUUCCUCUCAAUGUUCAUGCAUGGGGAUGUUGGUAAAUCUCAAAUUAGCAAGGAUCAGGAGAAGGAAAGUAUUGCAGCAAUAAACUCUAUUUUUCAUAGCAUCAAGCAAUCACAAGAUGGCAUAGAUGCUACUAAAUCUAAGAACUUGUAUGGUAUUUGUGACAUCGGCCUUUCGAUCACAAAGCGUUGUGCCUCAACAAAAGAGGAUGUUCAAGAAUUAAACACACAAGUGUCACUACCUACAAUGCUAUUCAAACAACGUGAGGUGGAUGAAGGGAAUGACCCUACUCUGGUCAAGGAACAGACAUGGCUGGCUGAUGAGAGUGUCCUGCUCCAAUUUGAGUCGCUUAUGUGUGAAACUAGUGAAAAAGCCAAUGCAGAUGUUUCUGGAGAUGAUGAAAUUAAAGACUGUGAAAUAGAUGGAAGUGAGAUUCCUCUAGGGAAACUUAUGGAACAGAUAAGAUCUAAGGUGUCCAAGGCACGAAAAGCAUUAAAGAAGCAAUCCUCCCUUACUGAGGUGAAAAAUAAUGAUGUUGAUAUCUUGAAAAUGGUGAGGGAGAUCAAUUCAGAUAAUGCCGUCAGGUCUAUUAAGUUCGAACCAAGCAAUGGAUUUGAGUGUGUUGGAAAAGGAAAAACCAGUGAUAAGCAUAAGAGAAUGAAAACAGAUGUUAGCAAUGCAACAGAUGUUCAUGUCCCUAAAAGGUCAUCACCAUCUCCCACAUCAAAGGCUUCUGAGAAGCCUAAUAUGCAUCAUAAUGUGACCAUCUCAAACUCUAGUGAAAGAAGUGAAGACCUUAAUUCCAUUUCAGAAGAUAAGAUGUUGGAAGAAGAUACUAUUUCAGAAGAUAAUUUGUUGAAUUCUUCGAAAAGAAAACGUAAAGUUUCUGAUUUGCACCAUGAAGUUGGCACUAAGGACCACCAUGAUGAGAAAAAUUCUAAAAUGAAUAUUGCAACUGACUGGACAUGCAUUUCAAGUGAUUCCAAGCCAGUAUCUAUCAAGAAACAGAAGAAGAAAAACAUUUCUAGGCUGAUAAAGUGCACUUCAAAGGGUCGUGAAAGCCCAACCAUGGAUUUGAUUGGUUGCAGAAUACAAGUUUGGUGGCCCAUGGAUAAGAAGUUCUAUGAAGGAGUCAUAAAGUCGUUUGACACUCAAAAAAAGAAACAUGUGAUAUUAUACAAUGAUGGAGAUGUGGAAGUCCUUCGUUUGGACAAGGAACGCUGGGAACUUGUUGACUGUGGAGUAAAAAAGACUAUUAAGCAAUCAAAAUCAUCUAAUGGCGCUUGGUCCAAGGGAGGAUCUCAUGGUAAUAAAAAACAGAAGUCUUCUGAUGAGUCAGCGCAAAAGAAAGGAUCAGGCCAUAUGUCUACUUUGUCUCAAGUUAGAGGGAAGAGAAUCCCAAGAACGAAAUUGAAAUGUGGACAUUUGGAUUUAGAUAAAGGAAAACAAGAAGGAAACGUAGAACAAAGUGUAUCUGACCUCAAUCAGUCUGAGGACGAAAGCUCCGGUUCUGAUGAGCAACACAGGGACGAGGAGAAUGACUCAUCCACAUCUGAUGAACAUAAAGUGGAUGUACAGCCGGGCGCUCCCUGUGAUGUCUCAUCCACAUCUGAUGAACAAGAAACGUCUUCAUCAGACGAGGAGCGUGAAAGGGAUAGACCGGAUAUUCUGGACAGUCCAAUGGAAUCAGAGGAAGAUGUGGAAGCCACACCUGCUACAGAUGCAGAGUUUUCUGACAACGAGACUCUUAUUAUGUGGCAGCGUCGGGUGGUGUGGAAAUCGGCUGAACAGAAGCAGUGACAGGCUUUUAUGUUAAUUUUUAAUUAGCAAUGAGUUGAGCACACUCAGGGGCCAGGGCAGUCUCUCCCCCUUUGUAUCUUAGAAAGCUGCUACAAGGUUUUCAUCAUAAUAAUCACAAGCAGUGAAGUACAGAUGACAUCUAUAGCGAGCCGAGUGUAGCAUUUUUUAGGACAGCAAAUUACGGCUCUCAAAAUUUGUGCCUAGCCUUUUCUCUUGAACCCCUUGGUUCUUGUAGCCAUAAGACUCCCUUACACCACCUGUACAGCUCUAGUAUAGCUAAGAUAGCCAUAAUUUGCGCAGGAACUGACCUUUUGCUGUACUGUUUGCGCUUUUCUAGAGCUUUGUAUAUUUUCCAAACUCUAUGAAAGAAGUUAUUUUUGGCAUUUGUGUGUAAAUCAUUUAAAUCAUAGAUCUAUUAACCAUUGUAUUCUCUAUAUUUGUACCUUCGUUAAUUAAAUAAUUAAUUAUUAUCUGUUGAGCA